AUGGCGACCAUCCGAUCAAAGGGUAAAACCAGAUUCCGGGAGCCCUUUCCAAAGGCCCCAUCCACCACGCCGGUCAAUGCCAAAUUCAAGCUCAGGCCUCCCCCUCUGGAUCGCAACAUCGAGCCUAUGGUAGACCUCGAAGAUGAGUCUCCAAUCACCCCCUUGGAUGAAGUCGCAAGAGGGUCCGUCUCUGACAAGCGGGGACUCGAGCUGGAGUUUGAGAGCAUCCAGAGGCACCACAUAGCAAGGGACAACAUGCACGAUUUUCUCGUCGAUUGCGAACAGUCGAUCGUUGACUUGACAGACGUCGGCAGCAAGGUUAACGCAGAGCUCCGGGAGCUGAAGGUGAAAUACACAAAGGCACAGCAGGUUGGGGCUGUGAGAGAGGACUAUAUCACGCAAAUGCAUCACUUGCAUGAUGGGCUAAACGACGCAUUUCUAUUGUCAGAGGUAGAAAGGGAUCGACGUGAAUACGAGAUUUCUUGGGAAAUUAAGCGGACGCAUGAAAGGGCAGCGCAUCUUGAAGAUUUACUCGCUUUUAUGCUCGACGGUCUAGAUGAUGUCUUCAGCUGGCACAUGAAAGACCGGGACGAAAUAUUUGAGGCACUGAAUGUCAUUGAGGAGCACGUCGAUGACGAGAACGAACAGCUCUGGUGCCUCUAUCUCUUCCUUAAAGACGCUGAAGAAUCUGUGUGGAACCUCGAUGUGCCCUCCAAAGAUGGCAUAUAUGCAGAUGAGGUUUAUUUAGCAGGAGGCCGAGCUCUUCUUGACCGGGGAGAUACGAUGGCUCGGAUGGCCAUGGAUUGUUCCCCGGACAGUUUUCAGAUAGACGCUAAUGGGGAUGUCAGCAUGGAAAACGCGCCUAUAUGCCUGGACGAGGAGCACAUCGAGGUAGAUGCCGAUGGAGACGCCAUAAUGCGAGAAGCACAUGUGGAAAGACAAGUCGAUACGGACCAGCAACGGCUCCGGAUUGGACGUCCCAAUGUCCCAGACUUGCCAGAAUCGGCCCCAUUUUGCUCGAGAUCGAAGCCGCGAGGUGAACUCUUAAAUUGGGAUACGAUGUUGUUUCGUUCGCCGGUUACCUCGCCUCUAACCUCGCCUCUCCCUAUGGGCGUUUGUGAGAUGCUCUUGAGAACACACAUCGAAAAACCACCGUCAUACUUGCUAGAAAAGCCACCGCCUCCUCCAUCGAAACGAAUUCGCCUAAAUCGACCCUGUUUCCCAGUAUGGGGUUCCUGCAAGGAGGAGGAGAUUCUUGCUAGGCAACAGCUCAAACAGGGACCGUUUUUAGGGCACGGGGGUCUCAGACGAACCGAUCGACCUCCACCUGAGAUGCUCGCUAUUGUGAAUGCCACUUCCAACCCCGAGGCUAACAUGAAUUGGGAAAUUCGUGGUAAUCGGGGCCGAACUCUGUCAGUCCGCAAUUGGCCCAAGGAGAUGAUGCCGGGGUCAUGGCCCGAGAAACCGGAGGAAGCCGGAGAGGGCUAUACCACCAUUCAUUAUAAUGAGCUCUGGCAUUCGCUGAUUGAUUGGAUGAUAAGUGCUUAUCAAGAAGUGCUAGCGAAGCCGGAGGAGUAUGCGACAACCAUCAUGGGUAUGGGCGUGAUGAUGUGGCUUGCGUAUUAUUUGCGUGUUUACGAGGACUGGAUGGUGGCCAACGAUGUCCCGUUGGCAUCGAGUUGCCUGUACAAGAUGAAGGUUUCAGAGAUACAGCUAGGGGAGAAGGCCUUGUUCGGCGUUAACAGGUGGCUGGACUACGAGCGGCCGUGGACAGGUUGA